UAUCGCGAGAGAACAAUACGUAACCUCCACCCUACUUAUAAUCAGUAUCUUUAACUGUUUUUUGCAGCGAGGAGAUAUUUAGUACGUUGGCAGCUAUUGCGGGUGUUGCUGUAUUUUUUCGCAAUGGAUAUUCUAGAGCUGUUGCCAUCAAGUUUUGGAUAUGUCAUAUUGACAUACUUGUAUAGCUGGUUCAUGUUGAGUUACCUGGGUUUUAAGGUUGGAGGUGCCAGAAAGAAAUAUGAUGUGAAGUACCCUACCAUGUACAGUGACACGAAUCAGGUGUUCAAUUGCAUCCAAAGGGCUCACCAGAACACGCUAGAGAUCUACCCCCAGUGGCUCGUGUUUCAGACCAUUGCCGCUCUUGUCUAUCCGAUUUCGGCAUCUGUGCUGGGAGCCAUCUGGGUCACGAGCAGGUUCUCCUACGCCUGGGGUUACUACACUGGAGAUCCAGCCAAGAGGAUGAACGGUGUCUAUGGGUACAUUGGAUAUUUGGGUGUCAUCAUUCUCUCCAUUUCUGUGGCUUUGCAGCUGCUUGGAGUCUUUUAAUUGCUUAGAAAUAUCGUCUUGGAAGCCUACUGGUGUCUAUCCCGUUUUUCCUUUAUGCAAAAAUUGUUUUCACUCUUACACUGGCUUAGUAGUGUAGUUACUUGUGACUUUAGUUCAAACAGCAACUAUUAUAGUAUAUUAGAUAUUAUAAUCAAGUUGAUAUUUCCUUUCAUUUAAAAUAUUUUACAAUUUCAGUCAUCUUGUCAAUGUGAAAACAACUAUAAAACACUUGGGUUUGUUUGGUGAUACCAUGGAAACUAUUGAGUGUUAUUUCUUUUUAUAAGCAACAUUUUGUAACCUUUGAAAAACAUGUCAAUAAAGGUGAAUGUCAUGAA